UUUUGUUUGAUGUGUUCUCACAGAUCACAGCUGUGUUUUCAGGAUUUUUCAUCGAGUUUCUAUAUAGUUUGACUAAGUGUAACUAUUCAUAUCUAUCCAACCAAAAUACCAUAUAAAUCUACACACUGUUUCUUAGAAAGACAAGCACAGGAUUAUAAGUAAGAUAGGUACUUACUUACACGGCAGAAAUUAUUUACAUUAAAAAAAUUAUCAGAUAUUUCAGUGUCUUAAAAAUGCCUUUUCUUAAAUCCUGUGAUACAUUCGUUGUGAUGCCUUGUUUGACGAAACACGGUUCAAUGAUAUUUGGAAAAAAUUCAGACCGUCCACAGAAUGAAGUACAAGAAGUUAUUUAUGUAAAAGGAGGUGCUAGAGAACCAAAGCUUAAGUGUACAUACAUAACAAUUGAUGAAAGUCCCGACAUCAUAAACAGUGUAAUAUUGAGCAAACCUGCCUGGAUGUGGGGGGCCGAGAUGGGCGCCAAUGAUAAGAAUGUAGUGAUAGGCAAUGAAGCUGUAUGGACCUGCAAUAAUGAGGGAAGCGGUGAUGCAAGGCAAAAGAGAUUGUUAGGAAUGGAUCUUGUUCGGUUAGGUCUUGAGAGAGGUAACUCAGCAGAAGAUGCCCUAAAUGUCAUAACCAGCCUCCUUGAAAAACAUGGUCAAGGUGGGCCAUGUUCAGAGUUUGAUGAUAGUCAUUUCUAUCACAAUUCCUUUUUAAUAGCUGAUCCUUGUGACGCUUGGGUUUUGGAGACAAGCGGUAGAUUAUGGGCAGCUGAAAAAAUUGAAAAUGGUUAUAGAAAUAUAUCUAAUGGAUUAACUAUUACCACUAAAAUAGACAAACAUUCAGAGAACUUACUUGAGAAAGCAAAAGCCAUGAGUUUGUGGGAUGGACAGAGUGAAUUCAACUUCACCAAAUGUUUUUCAUCGGGUGGCGACGAGUUCCGGCAACUUGAGGGCGAGAAACUCUUGAAAAAACUUAGUUCCAAAGCUUUAUUCGAUGUUCAUAACAUGUUCGAUGUAUUGAGGGACAAAGAGAGUGGCAUUUGUCGGGAGUGUGACGACACAUUCCCUACUCAAGGCAGCCAGGUGUCGAGGCUGUCCUCCACGGGUGUAAACGUUCACUGGUUCACGGCAACUCCUGACCCCAGCGUGUCCUUUUUCAAGCCCUUUGUAUUUGUACCCAGCGCCCAGGUGUCACCGCACACAGCCAGUCCUGACGAGCCAUUAAGGGAACAUCAUUUGUACAAGCUUCAUUCAAAAUUUGUAAGUAGUUUUAAUAAAGAACACACAAUAAAGCAACUGCGAGGUGAAGAAAAAAACUUUCUUAAAGAUUUAGAAAAUAUUGACGAAAACCUCAAGAAUAAUAAAUGCUCCCUGGAUGAUUUUAAAGAUUUGAUGAAAAAUUCGGCGGAAGCAGAAAUCAAUUUACUACAAUAAGGCCUACUGGUCAAUUGAAUGAAUGUGAUAUGUCAUCAAGGUUUUAAAUCUCAAAUAGAAUCCUUAAUAUUUGGUGUAGUUAUAUAAGUUUUUCAAAACUUUAUUCAGUUUUUAAUUCAUACUUGAGAUAAUAAAAAAAUAGAACCUAUAAAUUAAAGAAAAGAAUAAUUUGAUAUUUAUAUGAAGUCAUUGAAAAAUUUGAGAGCAAUAAAUUUAAACAAUUUUUUAAGUUUACCCAUGUUAAGCUAAGUAUCUUUAAUUUAUAAGAGUAAGUGAAAAACAACAAUUAGGCAAUUGCUGAUACGCAUUUGUUAACAGUUCAUAAAAUAAGAGGCUUAUGUGGUGCCUGCGUAGACUUAAGACAAAUACUAGUACCUACUCGUAUUACUACAGAAAUAAUUUCCGUUUUUGCCACGCAUCCCACUGAGUUAUACCAUGGUGUAACAAGUGGGACUAUUAUUUCCCAGUAGUCCCGUGGGAAAGUGACAUUAACUGAAUCGUUACAUGGGACAAACUAAUGGGACUAGUGGAGUUGACACGGAUUUAUUGUAUUUCUUUAGUUGAAGUAUUGUAGAGCGAUAUAUAGAUAUAUAGGUAAGUUUAAAAAAAAACGUUUGAGAAAGAUUUUAUGAAGUAGAUAAUUUAAAAUGAAUAUUAAAGAUGAUUUAGAGAACUUCGUACGCUUUUGUCAAAGUGGUUACAUUAUUAGAUAUUAUUACAUAUUAAUAUUGAGAGGCUUUGGAUUAUUGUCAGUGAUGACGAAGAUUUAAUGUUGAUUAUUCAGUAAUGUUUCUAUAUAUUCUAUUAGAGACUAUUUGUGUGAUGAUGCUGUUUACUUUAAAGCCAUAAUCGUGUUAAUUUAUUCAGAUGUUUAUUAAAAGUACUUGUUAUAUAAAAUUUCACUAUAGAAAUGUGUUUAGUAUUAUUUAUUUAGAUUAAAGUGCCUAUUUAUAAUCAAGACUUUAGAAUUCGGAUAUCGUGACUUUUCUUUUUUAAUUAAUCUUCGUAUAUAGGUACCGAUACGGUAAACAAAUGAUGUAUUUGAUAUUUUUCCUAUCAAUUUAAUUCUUUGAAAAUAUGAUGUAUCAAUCUUUAACAAAAUAAGAAUUCUCAAGGUAAAAACCUGACUUUCCCAAUCCAGGAUCAUAGUAAUAAAAGGCGCAUCCCGGUCACCUCGCCAAGGUGGUCAGGAUGUGACUGUUAGGCAGUAGCCUAUAGUAUGGCAAAUACCUAUAUGAAAAUAUUUUAUCACUCACAAUUUCGCUACAGCUUUUCAUUGUGGUGCUUUUUUUUAUUUAUUUAAUUCUGUGAUACUUUUAUUGUAAAUAUUUAACUUGGCUUGCAAAUAAAUAAAAACCUACUGUGACGUAGUUUUACUUGAAGUUGUAGACACAGCCGAGCGUCGGUGGUCGAAUCGGUAAGGUAAAACGAGUAAUCGAAUCCCACCGCCAAUGAUUAUUUUCGAAGUUAUGUUAUGUACAUUAGUUUGAAUACUAACCGAUGCUCUUUCCACCUCCCGACUAUCCUCCUUUUUCGUUUAACCUAAUAACCGAUGUUCAGAAGUGUUUCCUUGCUGUAACCUCGAAUGCUGUAGGGGCUGAUGACGUAAAAUUGUUUUGCCCAUACAUGACAUUAUCCUCCCUGCUUUAACCCAACUCUUCAACAACUCCCUUUCCACUGGUUGCUUUCCCUCUAUUUGGAAAAAUGGUUUUAUUAUUCCACUAGCUGUUGCCCGCGACUUCAUCCGCGUAAAUUUCUAGUUGAAUAUUGAUCAUACAGUCAGAUACAGACAGACAAAAAAUGUAAAAAAAAAAUUCUAUCGGCUUCAGUCAAAAUAUUAAAUGUACAGACAAAAUAUUUUUACCAUUUUCUUACAUACUUUAAAUUUUUUAUUUCGUAACUUAUUUGCAGGCAAACUCAUGCCUUGAGUUCAUUCAAAUGUCGAUAACUUUUUUUUUAGUGAACCAAUUUUGAUUAAACAAACUUUAAAUGUUUUUCUGAAUUAAAACAAAGCAAUUGUUGAAAGUUUUAAGUAAAUCGGUUCAGUACUUUCGGAAAUAAUCGUGAUCAUACAUACAGACAGACAUACAAGAAAUUAAAAAAAUAUAUUUUUGCUUACUAUUAUUUAUUCUAAGUGUCCCUCUAUCCAUAUCAGUCAAAAAUACUAAAUGUACAGACAAAAUAUUUUUACUGUUUUAUUAUAUAUUAUUCAAUUACCCAAAAAACCCACCCCACCCUAUCCUAUCUAUUCUACCAUUUUUGUCAAAAAUCCUUGAACGUUUAGUUCAGUCACAAUUAAAUUAUUUUCUUCGAAAAAUCAAAUCCUUAAUCCUUCCCAGUCAGGAUUUCGUGCAGGGCACAGUACCGCCUCUGCACUUACCACUAUCGGUGACGACAUACAACUUGCCAUGGACAAUUCGCAGUUGACAAUCCUCACAUUGCUUGAUUUUACAAAUGCAUUCAAUACUGUCGAUCAUGAUGUUCAACUCAGUUUGAUGCGCACUGUGAACAUAUCUCCAUCGGUAAUUAUUUGGUUCAGUUCGUACCUCAGUGGCCGUCAGCAGGGCAUCCGUAUUGAUGAUAACCUAUCAUCAUGGUGCCACAUCUCGGCUGGGGUACCUCAAGGCGGUGUUCUCUCUCCUUUGUUGUUCGCGCUUUUUAUUAACCGUUUCACUGAUAUCCUUCGGUCUUCCUACCAUCUUAUAUGCGGAUGAUCUGCAAAUUUAAUGCCACUCUCCAUUAGCGAUUUCCUCUAUUGAUGGUGAUUUGAUGCGAAUAUCUGACUGGAGAAGAUCUUUUGGAAUUAAGGUGAAUCCGUCUAAAACGCAGGCAAUCAUAAUCGGUAGCUCUUAUUUUAAAUAAUACUAAAAUUGCGCUGACACAACCCCUUCUUCUCCCCCUCCUUGAUUACGCUGAUACUGUUUAUCUCGAUGUCAUCAGUGACAGAGGAACAGUAAAACAAACUCGAGCGUCUUCAAAAAACUUUCUAUUCGUUUCAUAUUUGGGCUUCACAAAUAUGAUCACGUUUCUUCUUUCCGUUCGCAGCUAAAGUGGCUUUCUAUCCGACUCCGUCGCAAUUUGCAUAUUGUGACAAUGCUCUAUUCGGUCUUAUUUAAUCCGUUUUCUCCAUCUUACUUAAAGGAGCGCUUCUAUUUUUAUAGCGAUGCGCAAAGAACACCCGCAGUCUGCGUAGCACGGUUACCCUAAGACUAUGACAUCCAACACUAAUUUUUACUCCCACUCUUUUACUGUACAAGCUGUCUGUCUAUGGAAUGCUCUCCCAGUCGAUAUCAGGAAAGCCCAGACUUUUAAUAGUUUCAAAAAUCUCGUUAGGCCUCAUUAUCUUUCUACUCUAUCCUAAGUAUAUGUUAUUAUUAUGUAUUUAUCUAUGUUUACUUUGUGUAUUUAUGCAUAUUUAUAUAUAUUAUAUAUAGAUAUAUAUUCUGUGUGCAUUUUAUUAUUUUUAAAGAUUUAUUUAUCUUGCUCUGCGCCAACGCCAAUCUCCUGUUUGGUUUCCUUCCACCCAAAGGUUGACCUGGAAGUGAUUGCAUUAGCGAUAAGUCCGCCUCUGUACCACCUCUAUCUGUUUUAUGUUGUUUUGUAUGUUUUACUUUUAUGGUGCAAUAGAGUUUUAUCUAUUUAUCUAUCUAAAGCCAAAAGGAAAGAGUAGACAUAACCACAACCCACAGCAUUCAAUAGGCCAUAAUAGUCAUAAGCGACAACCCAAAAAAAUCAAAUCACACAAUACUUAAUCGACAAAACCGCUUGCCGUUCCAAUCUUAAUUUUGCAAUACCCUACGGGGUUCAUAUAGAAGUUAGGACUGAAAUGUACAAUCAGACUGACUGACAAAAUAACCAUGUCGCAAUGGGGUAAAAACUGAUCAUUUCUUUUAAUAAUUUGCAUCAUAUUAAAUAAUUUUAUCUCAGUUAUUAAUGUAAUAUGUAUAAUUUUAUAUGUAAUAAUUAAGUUAAAUCCUCAAAUGUUUAAAUAAUAUCGUUUGUAUUUAGCUGUUUUUUGUUAAACAUAUAAAGGCUUGUUUUGAUUUGAUUGUAAUAUAACGAAUUUUAACGCAUGGAACUAAUGUGAACCAUUUCCUUUUGUUUUUUGUGUAAACACAUCCCGUGGAAUAGGCCCCAGAUCUAAUUGUAAUAUUUUUUUAUUAUAUGUACAAUGUUGUAUUCUGUUAUGUGUGUGUGUAAAAUGUUUUCUAUAUUUUACUUCGAUCAAAUAUUUCAUGUAAAUUCUGCCCAGUAUCUUGACCUGUAUGGACACAAUCUGCGCAGCUGCUGCAGCUGGAAGCUGUUGGUAAAAGUUAGCUAGUUAUACAUCUAUGGCAUCAAUCUAUCCACUAGAAUCGUCUGUAGCCGGAACCUCUGUGAUUAGUCAGAAUAAAACUAUUUUCUA